UGCUAUUGGCUGAAUCAAACACGCUCAGCUGACAUCCACAUUGCGCGGGUCUGUCAAAAAAAAUAUCUGCCAAAUGUACACAGCCAACGAUUCAACUACUGCUUGUAAUGCUUGUGUAGUUUACAAUUGAUGGACGGGUUAAAGGUGUCAGUGGAGGUAAACCGGUACGUUGUGUGCAGCAGUGCUUCUGCUAGCGGGAGCGUUACAUUAGCCUAACGCGACAGUCCAUAAAUUGGAUUAGCGCUAAGUAAAGCCACCAGUGAAUGAUAGUUUAGCAAACUCGCUAGCGUUAGCUAAGUAACGUGAACGUUACCCGGUACGAGGUUGACGUUUUUUAGUCACGAUCAGCUCGUGUGGAGGUCAAUCACUUUUAAGAUCAACAACCAUGGACGGUUACAGUCAGCGGUUUGAAUCCUCUACCGGUCGAGACGGUAAACCUCAGAAGAAGAAAGGUUCCUCCAACCCCAGCACAUGUUACGACGACGGAGACCGCAAACCAAAGUUUCACUUACCAUUUAGGAACAUCACAGAUGACGUGCUGGACCGAUUCGCCAGCAUCCGGAUCCCGGGCAGUAAGAAGGAGCGGCCGCCCUUAUCGCACUCAAAACACAACGCCAAUGACUGGUCCACCUCUUCAUCGGCCACCUCGCAUCAGUUGGAGGAGCUUUCAUCAAAGAUCACCUCAGAAAAAGAGAUCCUGGCUCUGUUUGAAAAGAUGAUGGAGGACAUGAACUUGAAUGAGGAAAAAAAGACUCCUUUGAGAAACAAGGACCUCAACACCAAGAGAGAAAUGGUCAUCCAGUAUAUUUUUACUGCCUCUAAAACUGGCAGCUUGAGAAGCAGCCACCAGAUAUCGCCCCAGGAAUUCCUGGGAGAGCUGAAGUCGGGGGUGAUGGACGAACGUCUGUUUGCCUGUCUAGACUCAUUGCGAGUGUCGCUCACCAGCAACCCUGUCAGUUGGGUGCAGAGCUUCGGGCAUGAGGGUCUCGGACUGCUGCUGGACGUUUUGGAAAGGUUGCUGUUCAAGAAACAGCAAGAGAAGCUCGACAAAAAGAAUCAACACAAAGUUGUCCAGUGUCUCAAAGCCAUCAUGAACAAUAAGUAUGGCUUGGAUCGAAUCCUGGCUGAGGAGAAAAGUCUUGUGUUACUGGCAAGAGCCAUUGAUCCCUCCCAGUCUGCCAUGAUGACCGACGUGGUGAAGCUGCUGUCAGCCAUCUGCAUUGUGGGCGAAGAGAACACUUUGGAAAAGGUCCUUGAAGCAAUCACCACAGCAGGGGAGUGGCGAGCCAUGGAGAGGUUCAGUCCCAUUGUCCAGGGACUACGAGAUCGUUCGGUUCAAUUACAAGUUGCAUGCAUGCAGCUCAUCAAUGCACUAGUAACAUCCCCUGAUGAGCUGGACUUCAGGCUGCACAUCAGAAAUGAAUUUAUGCGCUGUGGCCUGAAAGAGAUAUUACCGCAACUGACGACCAUCAGGAAUGAGGCCCUUGACAUUCAGUUAAAGGUGUUCGAGGAGCACAAAGAAGAGGACAUGAUGGAGUUCUCUCACAGGCUGGAGGACAUCAAGAGCGAGCUGGAUGAUGUGGGGGAUGUGUUCAGUAUUGUGCAGAGUAUGGUGAAGGACAGCAGUGCGGAGCCCUAUUUCCUCUCUCUGCUGCAGCACCUGAUGCUUAUACGCAAUGACUACUUGGUCAGAGCCCAGUAUUUUAAGAUCAUUGAGGAGUGCGUCUCUCAAAUCGUGCUCCACCGUAGCGGCACUGACCCAGACUUCGGUUACCGGAAGCGCCUAGAUGUGGACUUCAGCCACCUCUUAGAGGUGUGCGUAGAUAAAGCUCGGACUGAUGAGUAUGAACAAAGAGCUUCAGAACUGGAACAAAAGUUUGAAGAGGAGUUUCUAAGUAGACAGCAGGCAGAGGCUCGGCAGGUUAAGUGUGAUGAAAGAGUAGCUGAACUCCAAGCGGAGCUGCAGGCCUUCAGAUCCCAGUUUGGAGCUGUACCUGUGGUUCUGUCCUCUGCCCAUGUUGGACAAGCAUCAUGUUCCUCAGCGCUCCCGUCUGGGCCUCCACCCCCUUCUCCCGCACCUGGCAUGCCUCCUCCACCACCUCCGCCUCCUUUACCCGGUUGUCCUGCCCCACCUCCCCCACCCGGACUGCCUCCUCCAUUUGGUGCUCCCCCUCCACCCCCUCUAGGGUUUGGCGGAAGUCUAGGCUCCCCCACUCAUCAUGCGCUGCCUUACGGCCUCAGGCCUAAGAAGGAUUUCAAGCCUGAGACCGCCAUGAAGCGCCUCAACUGGUCCAAGAUCCGUCCCCAGGAAAUGUCAGAGAGCUGUUUCUGGGUGCGGGCAGAUGAGAACCAAUACGCAAAACCAGGAUUACUCGGCAGAGUCGCUCUCACUUUCGGUUCACAACGAACAGCCAAAAAAGAAGAGGAGGAUCUGGAGGAUAAGAAAUCCAUAAAGAAGAGAAUUAAAGAGCUCAAGGUGCUCGAUCCCAAGAUUGCACAGAAUCUUUGUGAGUAUUCGUUUCCUUUCUGCCCACUCCUCCCUCCAAACACGUCCACGAUGAGCAGUGUGAAGCGGCUGCGUCCUCGCCUCAGCCACAUCCUCUUCCGGCUGCAGUUCGAGGAGCAGGUGAACAACCUGCGUCCAGACAUCCUGGCUGUAAACGCCGCUUGCGAUGAGGUCAGGAAGAGCCGUUCCUUCGGCCGCUUGCUGGAGCUGGUGCUGCUGCUGGGCAAUUACAUGAACGCCGGCUCUCGAAACGCCCAGUCGUACGGCUUCGACCUCAGUUCCCUCUGCAAGCUAAAGGACACUAAGUCAGCGGACCAAAAGACCACGUUGCUCCAUUUCCUGGCGCAAGUAUGUGAGGAGGAAUUUCCAGAUGUGAUCAAGUUUGUUGAAGACCUGGAGCACGUGGACCGAUCUAGCAGAGUGUCUGCAGAGAAUCUGGAAAAGAACCUCAGGCAGAUGGAGAGGCAGCUGCUGCAGCUGGAGAGAGACCUGGAGACUUUCUCCUCCCCCGAUGACCCCAACGACAUGUUCUUCACUAAAAUGGCUAGCUUCAGCAAGGUUGCCAGGGAGCAGUACGGCAAGCUGGUGAUAAUGCACAGCAACAUGGAGACGCUGUAUCACAACAUGCUCGAGUACUUUGCCGUUGAUCCCAAGAAGACCUCUGUGGAGGAGCUGUUCACCGAUCUCAGCAACUUCCGUGCCAUGUUCGCCCAAGCACUGAAGGAAAACCUGAGGCGGAGGGAGACGGAGGAAAAACAGAGGAGAGCACGGGCGGCAAAGGAGAAGGCUGAGCAUGAAAAGCAGGAGAGACAGCAGAAGAAGAGGAGGUUGCUGGAAGUCAACGCAGAAAACGAUGAGACAGGUGUGAUGGAUAGUUUGCUGGAAGCUCUGCAGUCAGGAGCUGCAUUCAGAGACCGCAGGAAGAGAGCGCCGAGACCCAGAGAUAACCAGCAGAAGACCAUCAGCCCCAGCUCCUUCCGCCAGGUUCUCAGGCCUGUUAACCAUGAAAACAACAAGCCACCUUUACAAAGGUCUCGCUCUCGGCAGAAUAUAAAUUUAGGUUCAGCGGUGGUGAAAGCUCCCCCUGCCAAGGAGGCCCAUAACGAGUCUGAGGGCCAUCCAUCAGCAGCCCGGGCCAAGGCUGCUGCGUGUUCGGAGUCGAGCCGCAGGUACAAGAACACCCCGGGCCACAGCCGCUGGCUGGACAGGGAGAGGGUGGUGGAGAGAGAGACGGUUAAGCCGCCUGAGAAAGAGAUGCAGCUUGAAGCAGAGCCUCCGGCCUUCCAGACGUCGUCCGCUGGUGCUGCCUUCAGCGACUGUAGCACCAAGGGAGAGUCUGAUCUCGAGGCUCUGCUGGCCAGACUCAGGGCCUUGUGAGGUUCGUCUUCACAUUGUCUCUGAAAGGACACACAGCAUACAGUAUGUUUGCGCCCACACACACAUUAACGCACUCUGAAUGUGACCAAAAAGAUUUCGCUUCUCCGCUUUUGUAAACAAGCAGAAAAUGUAGUCAGUAAGACAACGUUCUGAAAGAAUUGCGAGGCAUGAAGGGCAAUUAAAUUACAAGUCUUAACGCUAAAUAACCAAACAAGGAUUUUUUACAUUUGCUUAAAUUUGUAUAAAUCCUAAAAGAGAAUUCAAGUAGGUAGAGGACAGUUGGUCACACCUUCGCCCACAUAAUGUCCUCAGAGGUUUCUUCACGAAAUAGAUAAUAUAUUUUAAAAUAAAUGGUUAUACUUAAGCAUAUUUGUGUCAAACAUUACAGUUCAAAAGUGAAAAAAGCAGCCCAAAUAGAUUCAGCAGUCUCUACCUGAUCCUGUAAAGUGCACUGCCAAAAAACAUUCAAAUCAUUUAUAUAUUUAUAUAUUCCUAAGAAUUGGAAUGUAUCAGUUUUUCUCUGAAAGUACAAGAUGUGAUGUAGUUGAGCACGUUCUUUGUAAUCUGGUAGUAUCCAAUUUUAUACAAAGAUUAAAUGAGAAUUCUUUUACACAUUGGCAUUUCUUAUCAUUACCUUUGCUGUGUCAUUUAUUUACACCGUUAUCAUAUUAUCUUGUCCUACCUGCAUUUUAGUUUUCAGUUAUUUUCAUAUUCAUGUUACAAUUAAGAGCUUAAGCUUACAUCUGCAUUUAUUACUUUCUGUAUUUCAUUAUUUUGUGUCUGAGUCUUUUCCAUUCCUGUGAUGGGGUGUCUUUUAUAUUCAAAGUAUUAAUCUAAUUGUUUGUAUUCAAGAAAAAAUAAAUAAAGUUAUCUGCGUUCUAUAAAACUACAAAUAUAUAUAUAUAUAUAUAUAUACACAAAGGACCAAUACAUACAAGUUAUUAAAUAGGAUUGUACUUGCAAGAUAUAACAGCAAUUGGAUGUCAUCGACAAGUUGAUUUUGGUUGUACUAGACUGCUUUGUUUCUAUGUCACUGGCAGUGAGAACAUGUGUACACAGUGAGAACAAGUCUGCAGAAUGGGAACACUAUCCGAGAGUAUUAUUGUUCAAAAUGUGGCACAAAAGCAACGAGAAAGUUCAUCCACCCUCAAGCUAACCACAAUUGAUGCUGCCUUCCGUCUCCUAUCUCCCCAAGAUUACUCGUAUCAUGAGCAUAUUUGUUG